AUGGAACGCCAGAACCGAACUCGAGAGAGGUCGCCGCACCGUGAUUACAGCUCUCAUAAUAGGGGAAACCAGGAUCGCGAUACUCAUCGCAGAAACACGCGCUCACGUUCACGAUCACCAGCUCACAAACGUUCAAAAACUUCAUCAUCUCGCCACGAUAAGCAUUCUACUGAGCCAAGUGGCCACCACUCAUCAUCCAGACAUCACCAUCGUCAUCAUCAUCACCGUUCCUCGCACAAGCAUCGGGAUCAUGAUAAUAAAAGUCGACAACCUGAAGCUACGGUCAAGCUGCCUUUUGAUGCACGACCCCUGUCAAAAGCGGAUCUGAAUGCCUUUGAACCACUCUUGGGCGAAUACCUUAGCCUCCAGAAGCAAAAGGACAUUACUCAGAUGGAUGAUCACGAGGUCAAGGGACGCUGGAAGAGCUUUAUUGGGAAGUGGAAUCGAAAGGAGCUGGCAGAGGGAUGGUAUGACCCCGAGACUUUCACACGGAUUUCAGCGGAGAACCCCGUUGUGCCUCGAGCAAGGCGUGCUUCUGUGCACCAGGAAGAAAGAGAACAGCCCAUGGAGAAUGCCAUCGACAAUGACAACAACAGCGAAGAUGAAGAGGACGACGAUGAUUAUGGCCCUAUCCUUCCAGGUUCAGACCGCACGCGCCGCUCGGGGCCGGGAAUACCCACGCUUCAGGAUCUGUCUCUACGCACUGAACUCAAUGAAGAGGAUAGGCAAGCGUCCAUUGCAGACCUUCGCAAUGCGCGCAAAGCCGAUCGCACUGUUCAGAAGGAGCGCCUUGACGACCUAGUCCCUCGCGCUGAGGCCGGCACCCGGGAGCGUAUGCUCGAGAAGAAGGCAGAAGUGGCAGAUAAGAUGCGUUCGUUCCGCGACAAGAGCCCUGGUACCAUGGAGGUCGCCGACGAGAAGGAGCUAAUGGGCGGCGGAGACUCCUUGGACGAGUACAAGAAAGCCAAGGAGAGGGAGCAACGGCGUAAGACGGACAGAGAAAUCCGCAGGGAGGAGAUCGAUAGGGCUAAGAGAGAGGAGAUGGAGGAGAGGAAAAGGGCCUGGCAAGAGAGGGAGGAGGGAACUGUUAGUAUGCUGAGAGAGUUGGCGCGACAGCGAUUUGGAUAG